UGUAACCCAGGUCUCAGUGUGUCACUGUUGAAGGAUCGUACCACAGAGUGUGUUCUGCUGCUGUGACCUGGCAAGACCCCUGGCGCUACUUCACAGACAGGUGAGGAAGAUGAUGAAGGAGAUUCUGGUAAUGCUCUGCAUGAUCUUAACAUGCAGAGCUCAGAAAUGGAACCAUGAAACCUCACGUUGGGACCCUAAAGCAGAACACGCCAACGGCAAGACUUGUUCCAACUUGACCCAGGUACUGGACAACUGGAAAUUUGCUAUUCUAACCCAAGUGAAAGAUCUUCUGAUCAAUGACCACGCUUCUGUCCUGCCCGAAUACAACAGGAUCCCGCCUCUGUCAGAUGCCCUGGGAGACCUCUACAGGCAGUUUAACACUCUAAAAGACGAGCUCGGGAGGCUUACCUCAAAGUUUGACGGUGUGGAGGGUUUUGUGGAGGACCUCAAGUAUGGCAGAUCCGCUCUGCCUCAGCGGCCCGUACCGAGGGUCCCCCCCGGCGUUGGUCUGAGGUCUCCUCUGCGAGCACAGAUGAGGGCUCCUGACAGGGGGAAGGGGCCAACACUGAUUAGAGCGAGGAGAAGAGGGCCACAGAGACCUUAGAAAUGCCAAUGCUCAUGUAUCAGAAAAGAGUUAAUGGGUUUAUAUAUAUUUUUCAGAAGAAGAAGAUUAGUUUGUCUAAUUUUAUCAAUGAGUGUGAUGUCAGAAUAGGUCACAUAAAUAAGAACGACUUAGUGAUGCAUGAUGUAGAAAAGAUGAUUUUCCAAAUGUGUUUAUCUUAGCCUUUCUGUACAAAGUCACUUUUAACCACAAGGUGGAAGCAUUGAUCAAAUUAACUAGACUGUCAUCCUGCUGCUCUAUGUGUAUCAAUAGCUUGACAUAAAGUCUAGAGGUGUGAUAUAACACAAUAUAUAGAUACCUUUUAGACAUUGAUUAACAUUGUAUGACCAUUUGUUUGUAUUUGAGUUUUGUCGCCCAAAUGAUUAUUAAAAAAUAGAUUAAUUUGCAAGUUAAAUUAAUCAACAUUUGCUACAUUGUAAAUAUACUACAUUCAGUAACAUUAUUAGGACCAAUCACUGUCCAACCAUUGGGAAAAAUGUGUUCUUAAGCGUGUGAGGGACACAUUGACAUGCACAAAAAGGGAUCGAACCACCAUGAAAGUGGCUGAGAUACAGCUGCCCCCAUUAUCAAUGGAAUGCAACAGAGUUUUCAAACACACUUUUUUUCAUUUUUAUAUUUAUUUUAAUAUAUGCCUAAUAUGUUUUCCUUGUCUGUGAUAUCCUGAUUAGACUGCAGUAGAAUUUCAAAAUGGACCAUAGCAUAAGUAAGAUCUUGACGAAUUUUGGAGACUAAAAACUAAAAUUCACCUGUUCGUUAUUAUUUCUCUCUGCCACAACUAAGAUAAAUAAUUGAAUAAGCAGUGAAAAUACUGUAACAGCCCUGUACUGUACAAGUUCAGGAAUAAUGUUGAAAAAAAUGUUGAACAAGUACGACUUGUUCAACUUUUUUUUUUUUAGGGACAGCUGCAAGAUUUACUCAAUACAAUGGACACUGCAAUGGAGUUAAUAUAUAUCAAGGUUGAUAUAAUGAAAGCAGUGGUUUUCCCCCUGGGGUGAUGAUGCAAGUGACAUGUUUGUUAUGAAACUUGAUUAAUAUUGUUUAACCUGGGUUGACUACUGCCAGUGUCAGGAUGUUAGAAUAAUCAGCAAAUUUGCAAAUGAAACUGAGUUUUCAUCCUCUGUCAGUGAAGCAUCACCUCUCAUCUCCUCCCUCUCUUCCUUCCCAGGAUGCACCUGCAGGCCUCCUCUCUCUAUUUAUAGCUCCAUGUAAAUGAAGAGGUCAAGUGUCAGCUCUCUGUACAAUAACAGGAAACGGUCU